CCGUCUCCGAGGCGGGGGUAGAGGGGUGCCGUACUGAGGCGCCUGCGCGUUGCGGCGGAGCGCGACCCUUUUUGCGCUGCUCUCCGGGGCGGGGCCGUCGUUGAGGCUAAGCCGCGGGGAUGCUGAGCGCCGCGCUGGGAGGAAGGAGCGGAGGCGGUGUGGGGGGACUGUGGAGGAGCCUGCGCCGCCCCGGCGGAGCCUCCUCGGCGGCACCCCCCGCGGCAGGUGCCAGGAGCCUGGCUUCCCGCAGCAGCUCCCUGCUCUUCCCGCAGGACCGCAGCCUCGGGCCGCGACCAAGUGCUAGUAAUGUAAAGCCACUGGAUGGCGUGAAAAUUCUUGACUUAACAAGGGUGCUUGCAGGGCCCUUUGCUACGAUGAAUUUAGGAGAUCUAGGGGCCGAAGUCAUCAAAGUGGAAAGGCCAGGAGCUGGUGAUGACACAAGAGCUUGGGGCCCACCUUUUGUUGGAAAAGAAAGUGUUUAUUUUCUCAGUGUCAAUAGAAAUAAAAAGAGCAUAGCUAUCAAUAUGAAGAAUUCAAGAGGAGCAAAAAUAAUCAGGGAGCUUGCAGCUGUGUCUGAUGUUUUUGUGGAAAACUACGUCCCUGGGAAACUGGCUGAAAUUGGUCUAGGUUAUGAAGACAUUAAAAAGAUUGCUCCUCACAUAGUGUACUGUUCAAUAACAGGUGCAAUGCCAUGGGUUUUCAACUUUUGCCCAUUGCCUCUUAUCAUCCAAUGGAUGCUACUGAAAAGGGUCUGGCUCCCCCUUGUUCACUCCCUCCCACCAGGUUAUGGUCAGACUGGUCCAAUGGUUCAGAGAGGUGGAUAUGACUCAAUUGCAGCUGCUGUUUCUGGUCUCAUGCAUAUCACAGGGCAUGAGGAGGGUGAGCCUGUUAGAGUAGGAGUAGCCAUGACAGAUCUUGCUACUGGGUUGUAUGCAUGCGGAGCAAUUAUGGCUGGUUUGCUUCAGAGGUAUAAGACAGGGAAAGGACUGCACAUUGACUGUAAUCUCAUGUCAUCUCAGGUUGCAUGUCUUACUCAUGUAGCAGCUAAUUAUCUUAAUUGCAAAAUUGAAGGAAAACGCUGGGGUACUGCACAUGGGAGUAUUGUUCCAUACCAGGCUUUUAAGACCAAGGAUGGCUACAUCGUGGUGGGAGCUGGAAAUGAUCAGCAGUUUGUCACUGUGUGCAAGAUCCUGAAUCUGCCUGAAGUUAGUAAGGAUUCCAGAUACAAAACUAAUAUACUCAGAGUCCAGAACAGAAAAGAACUUAUUGACAUAUUGUCAACUCGGUUUUCAGAAAAAACAACAAGCAAGUGGUUGCAGCUCUUUGAAGGUAGUGGAGUUCCAUAUGGUCCAAUCAACAAUAUGCAGCAGGUAUUCUCGGAUCCACAGUUGCAGGACCCAUUGCAGAAUCUACUUUGGGAUGGAUAUAGAUAAUAUGAAAGCCGUGAAAAGGCAUCUUUCUGGGAAAGCUGGGUGGAAGUCACAGAAGAAAAACAAACCCAGUUCCACAGUGCUGGUUGGGCACAUGAUUGCUUCUGAAGACACUGGUUUCCUGGAGAGUUUGUAAAUUCGUGUGGAAGUGGCCUAUCCAAAGCAGUCCAUGAUGGUUUACAGCCAUACAUUCACAUCUUUCAGCUUAUUAGCCUUUAACCUACUGCUUAACCCACAUAUCAUCUGCAAUGCUAACUGGUAGAAUUUUCUCUGGGUUUGCUUGAAUUUCCUGCAAUAUUAAAAUCCAAUCCAAUGACCACUGAAGCUGUUGGUCAGGACUGAAGUGGUUACCAAGUGCCACCACAGAAUUUCAAAGCAAGGAUGAACCAGGGAGUUGGUAUAUUAUUAUGCAUUGUAAUAAGAAAGUUAUGAGAUGAUUUAAAGUGGGAGUAGAUAUUAAAGAAUGAUCAUUUUAAUACAUUAUUAUUAAUACAUUAAUAAUACAUUAUUAUUAAAUGCCAUAACUUCUAUGCUUUUGCCAAAAAAAAAAAAAAAAGCUAUUACAGUCAUACUAUCUAGUGUACCUUUGAGCAAGUUUUCAAAGCCUAAAUCCCUUUAUUUAUCUACCAGUGCAAUCUGUUGGUACUGCUUUUGCACAUACUGUUUCCUAAGAGGAAUUGUCUAACUGGCUUUUUAUUAAAAUAAAUAAAUAAAUAAGAUCUUUAUCAAAAUGUUA